CGGCGCCCCGCGGGGGCCAUGCCGAGGGAGGUCCGGGUGCUCAACGUGGCGGAGAAGCCGUCGGUGGCCCGCGAGAUCACGCGGCACCUGGGCGGGGCGGGCGUGCAGAGGAGGGACGCGCACGGCAUGCACGUGUCGGAGUUCCCCUUCAAUCUGAGGGGAACGAACUGCCGCAUGACCGUGAGCGCUGUGCGCGGCCACCUCAUCGGGCACGACUUCGGGCCCGAGCUUAAGUCCUGGUCGUCCUGCACGCCCGCGAGCCUCUUUACCGCUCCGAUGCAGCGCCACAUCCUCCCCGACUGCCAGGACAUCGACCGCAACUUGAAGCAGUUGUCCCGCCAGGCGGACUGGCUGGUGCUCUGGCUGGACUGCGACCGCGAGGGCGAGGCGAUCGCCUUCGAGGUGAUCGACGUCUGUCAGCAGGCGGCGGGCGGCCGCCUGCAGGUGUUCCGCGCCGUCUUCUCCGCGCUCACGCGCGAGGACCUCCUGCGGGCGUGCGCCACGCUGAGGGCCCCGGACCCGCGGCUGGCCGACGCCGUGGAGGCGCGGUCGGAGAUCGACCUGCGCUGCGGCGCGGCGUUCACGCGCUGGAUGUCCCUGCGCUACCAGCCGAUGUUCCCGGAGCUGGGCAGGCCGCGGCACCUCUGGCAUCGCUCGGGCGUGUGCACUCCUGCCGGCGAGGCCAGCGCGAAGUCGAGCGUGUCCCUCUACAGGAGGACUAUUCAGGAAUAGUUUUGAGAGAUAGCCUGGGGGCC